GUGACAGGAAGAAAUCGGCCAACAUGGCGACAAGCCGGACAGCGUAGCUUAGUAACGAGAAGCUUCCAGUUGUAACGAGGAAACACUGAGGCGUUCGUCUUCACGGGAUCACCGCUCGGUUUUCGGCUGUUUUCAGCUUCAGAGGUCGCUGGUUCGAUUCCCUCUCCCUGUGAUCGAGCUUCAGCUGCAGGAUGCCGGGGAAAAACAGCGACAGCUUCAAACCAGGAGACCUGGUGUUUGCCAAGAUGAAGGGCUUCCCUUACUGGCCUGCCAGGAUCUGUAAGUCAGACGACGGAUACAAGAAGCGAGUCCCGGUCUUCUUCUUUGGGACCCACCAGAUAGGCAGCCUCCCUCCAGAAAACAUCAUCCCCUACGUCGGUAACAAGAUGAAGUACGGCAGCGGCGUUCGCAUCAAGGGCUUCGCCGAGGGCAUGUGGGAGAUCCAGAACACACCUGGAGUCGGGAGUAAACUCAAAAUUCCUGCAAAGACCAACACACAGGCUGCACCUGCUAAACAAACGCCUGCACCCAAAACAACAAACGACAAACUGAAAAAUACUCCAACCAAAUCAACCCCCAGUAAGUCUGCCCCCGUGAAGCCCGACAGCAAACCAGCUGCUGGUCGAAGCGCUCCGAGCAAAGCUACGAAUAAAACAGAAACUGCUGCUAAAACUCCCACGAGAGCCUCGUUAAGAUCUGCUCCAGAGACCAAACCGGCUUCAGCUUCGACAGACGUCACGGCUGCAGAUGGUUCGGAGGCUGCAGCGACGACACGCAGCAGAAAAACAAAGACAGACUCCAAACCAGCUCCUGAAAGACCUGAGACAGAUGCUGCUGCUACCAGGACCAGAUCCGCAGAGUCCGAGGUUGAUGCUUCGCAGCAUAAAAAGAGGACACCCACCAGUCCUGCUCCAGCAGCGGGUAAGAAGGCGAAGACCACAGAAACAACUCCGACACAAACAAACAAGAACAACAGAGGACAGAGAGACCGGGAGGAGGAGGAGGAGGAGGAGGAGACGUCUGAGAGUCAAGGAGUGAAGAGGAAGAGAAAAGAGAGGGAUGAAGAGGAGGUGGAAAAGGAGACAGAGGAGAAGACGUCAGCAGACGCUCGAGGGAUGAAGACGAGGAGAUCGGAGAAAGAGGAACCGAAGGAGGAGGAGAAAACAAAACAGGAUGAGAGCAAAGGGAAGGAGGAGACUACGAGAAGAGAGGAGGGCCAAGGAAGAAAAAGGAAGAGAGAGGAGAAAAGAGGGAAGGUGGUGCAGAAGAAAAUAAAGGUGUGGGUGAAGGUUGACGGGUUGGAGAGGAAGAAAAGAGAGAUGAAGAAGAGGGAGAGGAUGGAGAAGAAAAGGGGAGUAAACUCAGAGAGAGGAGGGACAAAGACGAGAGGAGAAAGGAAAGAGAAGGAGGAGAGGAAAACAAAGGAUGGAGGAGAGACAGGAAAGAAAGAGGAGGUGAAGGAGAAGAUGAUGGAGGAGGAGAGAAGUGGAGAAAAGUCAGAGAGAGAAAGAAGGAAGAUGAGGAGAGGAGAGAAGGAGGAGAAGAAAACAAAGGACGAAGGAGAGGAAGGAAUGAAAGAGGAGGAGAAAACUGUAGAAAAGUCUGAGAGAGAACGGAUGAAGACGAGGAAAGAAGAGAAGGAGGAGCAGAAGGAGAAAACAAAGGAUGUAGAGGAAGGAAAGAAAGAAGUGGUGAAGAGGACGGAGGAGGAGAAAACUGGGGACAAAUCUGAGAGUGAAGGAAUGAAGACGAGGAGAGGUAAGAUUGAGGAGGUGAAAAAGGAUACAGAGGAGGAGAAGAAAUCAAGGGAUGGAGGAGAGGAAGGAAAGAACGAGGAGGUGAAGAAGACAGAGGAGGAGAAGACUGGAGAAAUGUCUGAGAGAGAAGGGAGGAGGACAAGGAGAGGAGAGAAGAAAAAGGAUACAGAGGAGGGAAAAGAGGAACAGAAGGAGAAGAAAACGAAGGAUGCAGAGGAGAGAAAGAAAGAGGAGGUGAAGAAGAAAAUGGAGGAGGAGAAAACUGGAGAAAAGUUAGAAAGAGAAGGGAUGAAGACAAGGAGAGGAGAGAAAGAGGAACAGAAAAAGGAUGGAGGAGAGGAAGGAAAGAAAGAGGAGGUGAAGAAGAAGAUGAUGGAGGAGAAAAGUGGAGAAAAGUCUGAGAGUGAAGGGAUGAAGACGAGAAGAGGGGAGAAGGAGGAGAAGAAAGCAAAGGAUGAGGAAGAAAAGAAAGGAGAGACUGCAACAGAAAAAGUGAAAGAUGGAAAAGCAACAGAGGAAAAGGAGAAAGACGGCAGUUCUGUGGAUGAGGAGCGACAGCGCCGCCUGGCUGCCAAGAGGGAGAGUUUGUUGAAAUCCCUGAGAGGUUUGCUGAAGGCCGGGAGAGGAGUGAAGAGGAGGGAGAUGAUGAAGAGCGCUCAGAAGAUCGAGCUCAGAAAGACGACAGACAAGAAGAGCGCGAAGGAAUCAACGGUCGCCAAAGUGACGAGCAGGAAAUCAGGCGCUAAAGCCUCCGUCAGCAAGAAAAUGACCGUAAAGACUGAAAUAAAGAGGAAGAGGGAAGACAAGAAAGAAAGAGAUGAAAAAGAAGAAAAGGAGAAGAUGAAAAUGUCCGAACAAAAGAUGACAGCAGAGAGGAAAAAGAAGGAUGAACAUAAGAGCGACAAAAGUAAAACAGAUGAGGUGAAGACAAAAGAAAAUGUGCAGAAGAGGGAUGAAAAAAUGAAGACUGAGGAAAAGAAGAAUGAGGGAGUGAAAGAGAAAAAAGUAGAGGUGAAAAAGAGCGAUGAAAGUAAGGAGCAGAAAGACGAGGAAAAGAAAGAAGAGAGAAAAAUAAUCGGGAAGAUCGUGAAAGCGACGGUCGGGCAGGGAGCAAAGGUUCAGGUGAAGACGAUGAUGGGAGGAGCGAUGGCGGCAGCGGAGGAGGAGAAGAAGAAGAAAGAGGGGAAGACAGACAGCAGAAAGGUGGAAGAGAAGAAAAAGGUGAAGGAGGGGGAGAAGGUUGAGAGGAAAUUAGAAAGAACAAGGGCGGUGACAGAGGACAAAAAAGACAAGAACGUAGUAGAAAUAGAGAAGAAGAAGAAGGACAAGGACGAAGAGAUGACGAUGAAAACAAGCGAAGAACAAAAAAUGCAAAAAGCUUCAAAUUCGCAAGGAGAGCAGAAUGAAACAGAGACGGAAAAAAUGACAACACUAGAAGAGAAGAAUGAGGAGAAGAGCGAAAAACUUGACAAAGAAUUGCAGGAGAAGAAAGACGACAAAAGUACAGCAGAUCAAACAGAAGAGAUAAAAACGCAGAAGAAGAGUUUGGAAGAUAAGAAAUCGGGGGAGACGACAACAAAGAAGAAGAGUUCGAAAGAAAAGAAAACGGAGGAAAUAAAAACACAGAAGGAGAAUUUGGAAGAAAAGAAAUUGGAAGAAACAAAAAUGCAGAAGAAUUUGGAAGAAAAGAAAAUGGAAGAACAAAAAACGCGAAAGAAGAGUUUGGAAGAGAAGAAAUCGGAAGAAACAAAAACAAGGAAGAAGAGUUCGGAGGACAAGAACACAGAAGAGACAAAGACUAAGACAAAGAGUUCAGAGGAAAAGAUAAAUGACAAAGUGACAACAGAAGCAGCAGAGAAAUCUGCAGAGACGCCACAAGCUGAAUCUGAAACAAAAGUGGAGGAGAGCAGCGCAGAAGAACAGAGUAAACCAAAGAGCGAUUCGUCGGACGGAGGCGAGGCAGAGCAGCAGCAGAAGAAGAGUUCGACCAUGACGCUGACGGACUCGACUCUUCACAGAAUCCACGGAGACAUCAGGAUUUCUCUCAAGACUGACAACCCGGACAUCAGGAAGUGUCUGACGGCGUUGGAUCAGCUCAGUAUGGUUUAUGUAACAUCCCAACACGUCCAGAGACACAGUGAGCUCGUCGCGACGCUGAGGAAGAUGCGGUACUACAGAGCGAACCAGGCCAUCAUGGACAAGGCCUCCAUGCUAUACAACCGCUUCAAAAACGCCUUCCUGGUGGGAGAGGGGGAGGAGGUGGUGAGUGCCGCCUUCCUGCGGUCACUGCUGGAGGACAAAGAGAGGGAGGAGGCUCAGAGGGUGGAGCAGUGGAGGGAGAGGCUGAGGAGGGAGGAGGUGCUGCAGGAGGUGAAGAGACGCAUGGGACAUGUGAAAGAGAGGAGGAGGACCGACGGAGGAGGGGAGGAGGAGGAGCAGAAAGAAGGUGAAGAGGGAGCUCCAGUGGACUCUUCCUGAAGUUUUAGUCUUUCUGUAGCAGUCUGGACUGAACCAACUCCUUGCUGAGGGGUGUGGACCUGAACCCCCCACCCCCCUGCACGGACAAUGAGAAUGUCCACAACCAUUUACCUCAUCACAUUCAUUCACCUGCUCAUUAACUGUUAUUUAUUCUGUGUUGUAAAUGAAAAGGUGCUGUUAUAUCUGAACAGGAGUUUUACAGUGUUUUGUCACACCUGAGCAGGUACAGUCGUCAUUAACUCCUGCUAACGUCAGUGCAUUAGUGCAGUUGAGAUAAUUUCAUCUCAAUUUCAAUUUCAUUUUUACCAGGACAGUGUUUAUCUCUUUUCCACUAACACACACUUAUUUGUUAUUUUUAACAGUUUUGCCUAACAUGAUACACCUGAGCAUUACCCUCCACCUUUACCUGUCCUUUUAAGUUAAGCUAACCUUUAAUUAUUUUACCUUUUAAUCUAAAACCCAGCCUUUAAGCCCUCAACAUAACCUUAAUCUACCUCUGUUAACUCUUUUAUGAGGAGAGGGUACAUUGUCCUUCAGUUUGUUUUUAUUUUUAAAAAAUGUUUCAUUAACGUUACUUUUAGGGACAUCAGGUCCUCACAAGGCUGCAUAAAGUCUGGUUUAAAGGGUUAGGGUUAGGGUUAACCCUAACCCUAACCCUCUGUUGCUAAUUUUCCUUUUUAGUGUAUAUGGUGCUCCAUUUUGUUUCACAUCACUAAGUCAUCUGCAUGUAAUCUAAGAGGCAUGAGGAAAUGUGGCUUUGUUUUGAGUGUACUUUCUCUUUAUGUCAGGUUGUCGUCAGCAGCAUUAAAAAUUAAAGCAUUAAAUCGCCUCACUGAACCUUGAUAUUCAUACUCUUGCUGCUGGGGAGGACUUAGUGCCUUGCUCAAGGACAUCACGGCAGUAAACGUACAGUCAGAGCUGCUUUGUGUUUUUAUAAAACUUUGUACAGUCAGAUAUUUUAUUCUGUAUUUUAUUGUGACACUGAGAUGUUUCUAUUCUUUUUAUGUUUGCAGUUGUUACAGUUUAUUGUAAAAAUGGCUGUUACUGUUUCCGUUGUGUAAAUAUGUGAUUUUUACUUGCAGAAAUUUUUUAAACAAAACUGGCAUCACAAGUCGGACUACAAUAUUGACUUUUCUUUGUAAAUGUUUGGCCUCACUGUCUACAAAUUAAAGGUUUACUCUCAAAAUUA